AGGUAAUAUUUAGUGUAGUGAUCGUUGUUAUUCUACACUCUACAGCACAAUAAUAUAUCGUGGUUAUGUGCCAGUGUUGAUUUUCCAAAAUUACCAAGUACUUACAUUAAACAACCAUUAAAGGGGAAUCGUUAAUAAUAUAUAGAGAAAGUAACAUCUGGGAAAAUUGAAUUGCAGUAUUGAAUAAUUAACGAUAAACUGAUCAAAUAAUAUUCGCACUACGUAGAGAACGUACUUUCGUGUACGGACAAUUAAUAAAUUAACAGUGUGCUCCAACAGCCGAUAGUGUUCAUUCAUCGUUUUUGUGAUUAGUGUUACAAUAAAAUUAUUAAUACUUGAAAAUGCAGCCGUUCGCGUACUUAGUUAAGGAAGCCCUUCCAAAUUAUUUGACAAGUUUGCCAAUUCCCGAUACUAUAGGAGGAUGGUUUCAUCUAGGAUUUAAAGACUGGCUGGCCCUUAUACCACCAACUGCUUUUGUUGCUGGCCUCUCAUACAUGGGUUACAGAGCGUUUUGCCCUGAGGCUGUUAAACACAGAACUCGAGUAAAUCAUAUAAUUCAUAGGUCUAAUCCUAAGGUUGUGGACACUGUAGAUGUUGAAGAUAUUACAGACAAGGCUGUGUUUUGUAGGUGCUGGAAAUCUAAAAAUUGGCCAUACUGUGAUGGUAGCCAUGGCAGCCACAACAAGGAAACUGGUGACAAUGUUGGCCCAUUGGUAGUCAAGAAAUCAACAUAAAAACCCCCAUCACUAAUCAUAGGGAAUUUUGUAGAUAAUGUGUAGUGGUACUCAUUUUAUUUGAAUAAUAUGUUUAAUAAGUGG